AUGUCACGAGAAGAGCUCGGCUGCCGCGCCGGUGCUGUUCCGCGACCGAUACCCACUGCCCUCAUCGCGGAGACCCUGCAGAAUCUGGCCAAGGCUAAGUGGUUCACCAAGUUGGACGUGGUGGCCGCUUUCCAUAAGAUCCGCAUGGCUCCGGGACAUGAGGGAAAGACUGCAUUUCGCACGAGGUUUGGGCUCUACGAGUGGCUCGUGUGCCCUUUCGGCCUGAGCGGCGCCCCGGCAUCAUUCCAACGAUACAUGAACAGUGUAUUGCGCGAAUGGCUGGACGACUUUGUCACAGCGUACCUGGAUGAUGUACUGAUCUACUCGAGCGGUUCGAAGGCGGAUCAUGAGGCUAAGGUGCGACGAGUUCUCCAAGCACUCGCCGACGCUGGGCUGCACCUAGACCCAGCGAAGUGCGAGUUUUCGGUACAAGAGGUCAAAUACCUUGGGUUCAUCGUCAACGCAGGGAAAGGAAUCGCCUGCGACCCCGAAAAGCAGCGCGCCAUCCGCGAAUGGGAGGCCCCGACCACGGUGAAGGGUGUCAGAAGCUUUCUGGGCUUCGCCAACUAUUACCGGAUCUUCAUCCCCGACUAUGCCAAGAUCACGCAGUCUCUGGAUGCCCUGCUUAAGAAAGGAACUGCCUUUCAUUGGGGACGAGCGGAGAACGAGGCGUUUCAGGAGCUGAAGCGACGAUUUUGCGAGUCACCGGUGCUCAAGCAGUGGGACCCGAGCCUCCCGACCUUUUUGGAGACGGAUUGCUCAGGCUACGCAUUGGGAGGCGUCCUGUCGCAGGAAGGCCCAGAUGGACGUCGACACGCAUGCGCCUUCUUCUCGAAGCGACUUUCGCCAGCGGAGUACAACUAUCCCAUUCACGACAAGGAGAUGCUUGCCAUCAUGAGAUGUCUCGACAACUGGAACGCCGAACUUAGGAGCUGCGGCCCAUUUACAAUCCUUACCGAUCACCGCAACCUGGAGUAUUUCAUGACACGCCAGAAGCUCACGGAACGGCAGAGCCGUUGGGCAGCCGAAUUGUCCCAGUUCGACUUCAAGCUCGAGUAUCGACCGGGAAGCGAGGCUGUCGUGCCUGAUGCGUUGUCCCGCCGUGAACAAGACAAGCCACAGGGCAUUGACGACGAGCGGGAACAAGGAAGAAUGAUACAGUUGAUACCGGAUAGUGCCAUUCCAUCAUCGACAAGAGCAUGUAUCAACGCGAUGAGUUCUGACUGUUCAGAGGCAUCCACCCUGCCGAAGAUGAAGGUCUUCGAGGUAGCGGACCUGCAGCAACUCUGGGACGAAACGGUGGCGAAGGACUCGAUAUUCCGGGCAGCCUAUAAGGCAGUCCGCGAUCGCGAGCGUGCCUUCCCGCCCUCGCUGGGCCUGAAGAUCCAGAUUUCAGAAUGUGCGAUCGACGCAGGCAAAAGGCUGACAUUCAGAGACCGUAUUUGGGUGCCGGGUGGAUCCGGAGAGGAGGGUAACCAGGAGGAAGCUGAGAAAGACCAGUUGAGAACCCGCAUUGUGCAGCAGUCGCAUGACUCUGUUGCGACCGGUCAUCCCGGCAGGAAGUCCCAGCUGGUUCGCCGAUCGAAAAGGGAUUUCAAGCCUCUGCCGAUUCCAGAUCGACCCCGAAGCCAUUUGUCCAUGGACUUCAUCACAGAUCUGCCGCCUACUGGACCGAGCAAGGCAAGGUACCUGUGGGUGAUUGUGGACAGACUGACAAAGGCUGUGACCCUCGAGGUGAUGGACAACAUGGAAGCUGAGCCGUGUGCAAACCGUUUUCUCCAGUGUCAUUACCGAUUUCACGGAAUGCCACGGUCCAUCGUCAGCGACCGCGGGAGCAACUGGCUAAGUAGGUUCUGGAAGAGGUUCUGCCGUCUUGCAGGUGUCACGCAGAAAUUGAGCACGGCCUAUCAUCCUCAGACGGACGGAGGGCCAGAGAGAAUGAACCAGGAGAUCGAGGCCUACCUGAGAGCCUACGUGUCCGACCAAGAUCAGCCCCUUUUCGCUGAGCAUGGUUACCACGUCGAUCCCAUCAGCGUCGAGGAAUCGGAAGAGCCACCGAGGCAUAGAGAGGAAAGCAGAGCUGAUAGCCUACUCAGUCGCCUGCAGGAGGUCAAUGAGUACAUGCAAGCAGUGAUGGCCUCCUCACAGCAACAACAAGAAGAGGCUGCCAACGCAAAGCGACAGCCUGCGGAGCGAUUUGAAGUUGGUGACAAGGUGUGGCUCUCGAUGGCAAACUACAGAUCGCCACGACCGUGCAAGAAGCUCGACUGGCUGCAUCACAAGUACACAGUCACGAAGGUAAUUAGUUCGCACGUUGUUGAGCUCGAUGUUCGUGGCUCAAUUUACCCGCGAUUUCAUGUAGAUGACGCACAGCCACCACCGGUACAAGAUGAGUCCGGCACGGAUCUGUGGGAUGUCGACGAGAUCCUCUGCGCGAGAUGGAAGAAGCGCGGACGAGGGGAAUUCAGGCAAGCACUAGUGCGAUGGACGGGCUACGCAGAGCCGACUUGGGAGCCAGUUGAGUGGUUGCAAGGAACAAUUGCGAUGAAGGCAUUCGAGGACAAGUACGGGCCAAUCAAGACCAAUGAUGGCCCUAGGGAGAGGUACGAGACGCUGGCAGGAACGCAAGAACCCGCAGACGCCGACCUGGUCGGAGGGGACAAGGGGUAA